GGGAGCUUCAUACACAAAUUGGUAUUUUUCUUCUAAAAUAAUCUGGUUUUCAGUCGAUAGCUUGCUGGGACUCGAAUUUGUUUCCCUCACAAAUGAUUUCCAGCAGACGAUAUAAAUAAAUUUCGCAGAGUUGGUUUCUGCAAAUAACCCUCAAGAUGAGCGAUUUACAAAGGUCCUUUGUUAAGCCUAAACUACCAAAGUUUGCUCCGCCAGAAUUCAACGAGGCCGACGAAGAAGAAGGAGAAGGGAUUGAUGUGCCUAGUGAACUACCCGAUCUGCCAAUAGAUGACGAUUCUUCCUCGGCAUCUUCAGCUUCAUCUACUGGCACCAUCAUACCAUCCUCGAAUCAGAAUUUGUUUGCUCGGCCGCAAGGUGUUCCCAAUAAACGAACGAUGGACCAGAUACCAUGGACGACUUAUUUUGAACGAGAACUGUUUCUCGAACGCAAGAUGGAAGCGGAGAUCAUAAUGCAUCAUGUAUACCUUACGUCUCCUGUUGGGUCAGCACCUUUGUUUGUUACGCAUCAUGGAGCAGGCUCAUCCGGUCUCUCGUUUGCUGUUUUGACGUCGGAGAUUCGAAAAAAGCUACCUUCUGCCGGUGUACUUUCCCUUGAUGCUCGAGGCCAUGGCUCUACGGAUAUCUCUCCAGAGGCAGCACUUCUUGAUCUUAGUCUAGAAACAUUGAGUUCAGAUCUGUUAUAUGUUAUUGAAACCACAAAAGACAAAAUGGGAUGGAAGCAACUUCCGCCUCUUGUACUUGUUGGUCACUCUCUUGGCGGUGCAGUUAUUACAGAUGUCGCAAAGGGCGGAAAACUGGGCAACUCGGUUCUUGGAUACGCAGUUCUUGAUGUAGUCGAGGGAUCUGCUAUGGAUGCUCUACAAAGCAUGCAAACUUACUUAUCGACUCGCCCACUAGGCUUUCCGUCACUGCAAUCUGGCAUUGAGUGGCACAUGAGAUCGAGGACAAUACGUAAUUCGUUGUCAGCGCGGACAAGUGUGCCUGGGCUACUGAAGCACAACGAAGAAGCCAGUGGAUCACGAUCGUGGACUUGGCGUACAAACUUGGGGGCCACUCAGCCAUUUUGGGAAGGUUGGUUUGUUGGACUUAGCAAAAAGUUUCUUGAGGCCAGAGGUGGAAAGCUAUUACUGCUUGCGGGGACAGACAGGCUUGACAAGGAGUUAACAAUUGGACAAAUGCAAGGGAAGUAUGCACUGCAAGUUUUCCCCGAGGCUGGUCAUUUUGUUCACGAAGACCUUCCUGAGAAGACAGCCAUGGUGUUGGUAGAUUUCUAUUCAAGAAACGACCGAAGUGCAUUGGUAUUACCACCAAAGGUAUCAGAUCUGAUUAGGGCUGGUAAAAGAGUAUGAACUCAGCUAGAUAUUUUGACGGCUACAGAAAAGGGGUUUCAACAAUUAUGAAAACCAUAUUAUUACUUCCUUAAAGCUCCUUAGGGAGUCAACGGCCGACAUCGAACAUAACCUCUCGGCGUAACGAAAAAUCUUGGGUUCUCUACGUGGCCUGUGUUUUGAAGCGUGGGGAGCACAGCAGGAUGCUUAAUGCGUGCACAGCGCAUUGAAGAUGGGAAAGCGGAAUUGCGGCUGAUGGGUUGUGGGUCUCAGCACCAUCCCACCAUUACUUUCCAUCGAAUUAGAUAUCCUGGUGAGCUUAGGUAGCUCGGGUCGCUUACUACACGUGCCGAAAUAUUCAAUACUUCCA